GUUUAUAUAGAGAAGGGAUUGCCUCUGCAGAACAGGCGGAAAGCGAGCUGUGUUCGGAUUGAGAGCAGUCAGAAAGGGAACAGUGUUCAGAUAGCUUCAGCACUAACGGACCUAAGUCUUGCGCUGCUGUGGCUGCUGAGGUUGCUGUAACUGCACAGAGUACGGCACACUUUCGGCACUGUUGUUGAACUGAAACCAACAGAAAAAGAAGAAGGAAAGAACUGAACAAAACCACUGAAAAUAGGAACCUCUUAACCAAUACAAUGAAGUCACUCAUUGUCAUCUCAGCAAUGCUGAGUGUUCUUGUCCCAGCCAGAGCAACAUCUCACCACUGGCUGACAUCACACAAGCUAGGAAGUAAAACAAAAUAUGAACACAAAGGUUGCAACUGUUUUAAUGGAGGGACAUGCAUCACUUAUUACCUCUUUUCUCGGAUGAAACGCUGCGUGUGCCCUGAAGGAUACAGUGGAGAUCACUGUGAAAUCGAUAAUGAAAGUCGCUGUUACAAUGGCAAUGGGGAGGACUACAGAGGGACUAUAUCCAUGAAUGCAAAUAAUGAAAGGUGUCUGGACUGGAAUUCCCCUAUGCUUCGGAGAUGGCAUUACAAUGAGGACAGGCAGGAUGCCAUGGAGCUUGGAUUAGGCAAACACAACUACUGCAGAAAUCCAGACGGUCAAUCCAAACCAUGGUGUUAUGUUAGGAAAGGAUAUCGGACCUCUGAGACACCCUGUGAUAUUCCCAUGUGUGAAAGAGAAUCAAUCUGUGGCCAAAGAAGCCUCAGAAAGACCUUUAAGAUUGUGGGUGGACAUAAGGCAGCCAUUGAAUCUCAGCCUUGGAUAGCAACCAUCUUCCAGUCUACGAGGAAAAGAGCUUACAAUCGUUUCCUUUGUGGUGGUAGCCUCAUUGAUCCAUGCUGGGUCCUUACAGCAGCACAUUGUUUUGAAAGCAGCACUCCUGAUAUAUCCAAAUUAAAUAUCAUCCUUGGAAAGUCUGCACUGAAUGUGACUGAUGCAGAGGAGCAAAGUUUCGCUGUUGACAGGCUUAUCAUUCACGAAGGAUAUUCAGAACAAAGAGGGGACUAUGAUAAUGACAUUGCUCUGAUAAGGAUCAGAUCAUCCACUGGGCAGUGCGCAGAAGAGACACCCGUUGUCAAAACUAUCUGUUUGCCACCUCAAAAUUUACAACUGAAUGAAAAUUUCCAAUGUGAAGUUUCCGGCUAUGGAAAAGAAAACAAGAGUGAAAUUUACUACUCAAGGAUUCUAAAGUCAACGUAUGUGAAAACACUAUCUCAGUCCAAGUGUCAGAAGUACUAUGAAGGCCGCACGGUGAAUAGCAACAUGUUCUGCGCCGCCGGUAAAGACUGGAAGACGGACUCGUGCAAAGGAGAUUCUGGUGGCCCCCUUAUUUGUGAGCACAGAAACAAGCUGAUGCUGUAUGGGAUUGUCAGCUGGGGUGAAGGCUGUGCCGAAAAAGAGAAGCCCGGAGUCUACACAAGGGUGACCGAGUACCUCCCUUGGAUUGAAUCCCACAUGAACGGAGUCCACUUCAAAAGUUACUACUUUCCCAAAUGAAGAUAGAGGAUUUCCUUGAAGCAUGGGGUUUUAACCAGUAUGCUUAAAUCACAGAACUGAGCCAAAUCAUGUCACAGUGCAUUGAAACUCCAAGUCUUGUCUUGGGCGUAUUCUUCCUGUUUCGAAGUGGCCUGUUUUUAUUCUCUUGAGGCGAAUGGUUACCAUUUGCACCAUUUUGCCUGCAGCAGAAUUCUGCCACCAUCAUCACUGUGAACGAUGGAAGGGCCCUUUUAUGGAAAAGCAUUUAACAUUUAAAUAAGAGGUAUUUUCACAGUCCUUGUACUCUACAGGCUACAUUUUAUGACCAGGAGUCAGUAUUAUAUUAUGCCAGUAGGUUUUUUUUAAUGCAGUUUUAAGAUCAGUUCACAAUGUCCCAUUGGUUUGUGCCAUCCUGAGAAACACAGGUGUCCAUUGUACUCAGUGGGCUUUAAGGAAGCUUUAUUGCCUUAUUACUUUCUAUGAGAGUUAAAUGAGUUCAGUUUUCUCUGGAUUGAAUUGUCAGAGAUCCCCAAAUCUGGAAACAGGUUUGAGGACAAAUCAACGGACAAAUCCAGGCUGGGCUGGGAGGCAGGCAAGUGGUUUGUGGUUAUCCGUCAGAACUUGAGUGCCUGCUAGAAGUAGAUUGAAACAAGUAUUUAGAAUCAAGAAACUUUCUUGAAAUAGCUGACUUUCCCAUGAUGUAAGUUGUCCUUUACACGUGAGAGGGCUUCUAUGUUUUUAGUUCACAUCUUUGAAACCAUGGUAGAAAGACUGUUCUAACUUGCAUGAAAUUAAGGUCAAGAAAUUUAGUUUUCCUUAGGGCCAAUUGCCAAAAGGUUGAGCUUUGCAGAUCUACAUAACAGUUACAAGACCAUCACUUGCAAAUGCAUGGUCUUUCAAUGGUGUUCCUAACAACAUACCUUGGAAUAGUUACUUUUUGGAACAAAAGUCGCCAAAGUUCCUCAAUUAGCAUGAUCAUUUCCCAAAUUAUUCCUAUUACUCAAAUGCUCAUAGCUUUGAUUGAUUGUACAAUAGUCAAGCCAUUUCUGCUUGGCCAAGAUAACUUGACGAGUUAAUAGGAAAGCAGGGGAAUGAGCCACAAUGUGCCACAUCUAAGUUUCUCAGGCUAGUCUCUGAGCAAAAUGCCUCUUGGUAAGGGAUCCUGGGAAGUGCAAACCCUACUGAAAUUAACUGGAGUUGUGCUUCAUGAAUAUAGUACAGUGAUUCCCAACCUUUCUUUGAACAGGGACCACUCUCCAACAUUAGUACCAAAAGGGUUACAAAACAGUUUUUGUCAACUUUAGAUUAGGUUUGGUUUUUUGGGGUGCUGAUUCAGAAAAUUGCACUGGAUAUACCACAUCAGCUCUAGUUUCUGAUACAGAACAUAUGCCAUCCAGUAGUCACCAGCUGCUCACCCACAGAAAAUUAUAUUCAAUAAGCCUCAGCACUAUAAGAGGGUUUUACUACAUUCUUGCAAUAGUGUGGUAAUGGUGAGGCCGCGGACCAUAUUUUAGUUCUUGCGGGCCACUGGUGGUCCACGGACUACAGGUUGAGAACCAAUGAUAUAGUAUGACCUCCCCAUAGCCAAGUGGGAUAUACUCCCAGCUUUCACAUGGAUAUAGUAAACUGGAUAAUAAAAAAUUACAUUGAAAUGAAAGACUUCAAGAAUACGUAGAGUCACGCUGGGGGUCGUGUUUUGUUGGACAUGGAUACAUGAAACUGCAGGUGACAGUUUUGUGGGUAUGGGGGUCUUAUUGUAUUAUUUUGAAGUUAACUUAAAAUAUUAACCCGCUAAAAUCUUCUUGCAUUUUAAUUUUAUGUUGCAAUGAGAAAUUGGUACAAAUUGUAUGUCAACAGCAAAACAUUUUAAAUCACUGCAGGUGCUGAGUUUUAUGGGCCUUUAAAAAUGCAGCAACUUUCAGGUGAAUAAGUUUGGUUUCUAAAGGAAAUAUGCAUGUCAGGGUUUAGUUUAGCGUAGGUUUAGCAAGCACAAAUCCACAGCAACUACUGGGAUUUGGAAAAAGAGUGCUGUAUUAUCAUAUGGCACUCUUCUGGUAUCUUGGCAUUAACACACUUGGUUUCCUACUUAAGGUCUCAUCUUUACCUCUGUAGAUCAAUGAGAGCCUUUCAUCCAUCAACAUGUUCUAUAGACACUUUAAUUCUAUUAUGCACCUAAAUAAAGCACUGAUGACUGAAGAUACAAGUGUAUACAAGGCAUGACACAGAACAAAGUUAGGUAACUUGGCGCCCUCUGGAGUCAGAGAACUUGGCUUAUAUUGGGAUAAUAAGAACUGUGAUCCAAAACACCAGAAGUGGUUGCCUAUAUCUGAUACAUCUCAUAGCUAGACUAGAGAUUUGAACUGGUUUAACAGAUUCAUUCUUGAGAAAAGCUUAGCACUGUAAUAUCGAGAGGCUCUACAGAUGUGGACAAGGAGCCCAUUUAAAUACAAAUACUCAGAACUCUCCCAACCACAGUUCACAGAAUUCCAUGCAGAGGAUUGCAAGUGACAUGAAAGUAGAACACUUUGGCAAUAGAGUGAUGACCUUGGUUUUACUAUCAGGUUAUUUCAUUCUUAUUAAGGGUGGGGGUCCCCCAUGUAUUUCCAUUUCUGAAAGCCUUUACAAAGCUUGCAAAGUCUUACACUGUGAACCUAGAGAACAUAGGGGUGGGCUUUAGCAAACGUGGGUGCUCCCUUACAACAAAGAAUGUUUGUAAAUAUGUUGUUCAGCAGUUGAAUUGUUUUCUAUGACUCAAACAGUAGCCACGUUUUAAAUGUGUUUUUUUAUUCAAUGAACAUAUGUAUGUGGGGGGGCUGGAACCCCUACUUUUAUUUAAGGUUUUUACUGUAUUUAAGUUAUUCUCUGUGGAUCUCAGGUUUUGAAGGUCAAUAAAAUAUCACUGAUAUAUGAA